UCAGUCAUUAACACAACAACCUGUGUAAAUCAUUUCCAUGAGAUUUCACUCCUAAGGUGAGGGACAAAGUAUAAAAGGUCUGCUGUUAAAAAGCAAUAUUUUUCAGUGGAUGAAUAUGCAUACUUCUCUUUUCUCCAGGCUCACUUGGAGUGGGCUCAGGUAAAUCAUUUUAAUUGCUGCAAAACUCUUUUGCUCUCAGUAGAAACAGCUACAGCUGAAGGUGUGAAAAUUAAUUUUGAGAAAAUAAUUAAGAAAUGUAAUUUUUCACUGUUGAACUUGGGACUGUUUGAUGCAGGAAAGCUCAAUAAUUUGCACAUAUAUUGCCAGAAGGCCUUGAGUAGAUUUAGAAAAGGGAGGAUUAGAUUUAGACACGCCUGUCGUACAGACCGUGUGAGCAGAGCUUCUGUAUUUCUCCUCUAGGUUGGUGUCAUCUCCCCUGAUGGCCACAUCUGUUCUGGCUGCAUUUGGCUUCCCUUGCACCUGUGGACUGCAAAUUUGCUUUUCCUGUACACUGUUUUCAUGCUUACUGAAAGCACUGUCAGCUCAGCACAGGGCCUACCGGUAGAGGCGCGUGGUGGUGAGAUGUUGAUUUUGGCUCAUCUGUUGCUCUAACUGAAGCCACCAGAGGUCUUGUUUGUUUCAGUUCUGCCUUUGCUCCACUUUUCUGACCAAACCCACGUCUGAUUUUCCGGUCCCUGUUUUGUCCAAAGUAAGCUGUAAGUCGUUAGAGGUAAAGCAACGCCUGUGACAUGGAGUAUGUCCGUACAGUACGUCCCACUGCUAAUCAACACCGUUGGAAAUUCUGGCAGGCUGUGGAUGAGUGUUGCCAUGGAGAACCUGGAGGACAAAUUUGCAGCUCUGUCAGUUGCUCGACGCCUGCAGCCUAGGGAGCCCACGUACCUGCUGGACCUAGCUGUUCAGACUCCAGGCUCUGGCGGUGGGCUGGUGGCUGCCUGUUGCUCCAACCGCUCUGUUGUUCUGCACGACUCGCACACCCUCAGUCUUCAGGGUGAAUUCAAGGGUCACAGCGGGGCAGUGUGUGGAGUGCGUUUUUCCCACUCCUCCUCUGGCCUGCUGUUCUCAGGCUCUGCUGAUGGGACAUUGUGCACCUGGGAUGUGCGCUGCCCCGGCUCGCAGGCUGUACAGGUGUUCCAGAGCUCCCCCUCUCACUCUUUCUGCAGCUUUGACAUCAGCUGCAACGACGUGGUGCUGUGCGCUGGCACUGAGCAGGUGGAGGAGGACAGCUUCCUGGUGUUCUGGGAUGCCCGCAUGGCAAAGGAGAGGGACGGGGUUUUGGGGGUGUACUCCGAGUCCCACAGCGAUGACAUCACUCAGGUGCGCUUUCACCCUCAGGAUCCAGACCGCCUGGCUUCUGGCUCCACUGACGGCCUGGUCAACGUGUUUGACCUGGGCCACGGCUCGGAGGAAGACGCCCUGCUAGCCACCUGUAACUCCGGCUCCUCUGUCAGUGCGGUGUGCUGGGCGGGUAAGGAAUAUGGGAGGCUCCUGUGCCUGAGCCAUGAUGAGGGUCUCCACCUGUGGGACUUGGCCCACAUGGAAACGGAGGAACCGUUGACCGUUCUGAGCAUCCCUGAUGCCCGGUGCUCUGCUGCUCUCUCUGGAGAUUCAGCCCUGGAUUACUUUGUGGGAGGAGCCUGGGUGGAGCAGGAGGAGAGGCUCCUGGUGAUUGGUGGGACCAUCAGAGGGGAGCUCCACCUCUUUGACUGCAUUGACCAGGGCCUGGAGCUACGGAAAUCUCUGCAGGGUGGCCACUCUGCCACUGUUCGCUGUUUCCAGUGGGACCCUGCGGGGGGCGCUCUCUUCACGGGCGGGGAGGAUGCACAGCUGGUGCAGUGGAAGCCAGGAGCAGAGGAACUAGCAUCUGGGAAGAGACACACCCUAAAAAGUGCCUCUGCAUUGCAGCUCAAAGCUGGACGCCAUGGGAAGCACACAAGCAAGAAAGAAAAGUGAGACAGAGGGGUGUGAACUGGGGAGGACAUCAAAGACAGGGGAACAGUGCUCUGCUUUGUGAACCGCCUGUUUCCAUAGACAGUGCUGUCGGCUGAGAACACCUGUGUAAGCAUUUGGGGACACAGCCUGGGACGUCUUUCUAGUGAUUUAUGGAAAACCGAAAGGCUGCAGACCUGGAGUACCGGGGGUCCGUGCAGGCCGGUGGAUCAGUACCCAGCACAGACCGGAACUCAGGCCCACUGCCCUCCAGGACAAGACAUAUACACAGAAGAAAUGGGAGGUGUUUUCCAGGCACUCACCGUUAAUGUGUUUUCAUGCUUUAUCCUGUGAAGUGAAGUGUCAGUUAGAUUUUCUUUCAAAGUCUGCAGAAAAGAGAUGUUUAUGGCACAAGACCAGCGAGGACUGCUGUUUCCCCUGUGCUUUGUCAAAGUCUAGUGACCCCAGACUUGGAAUGUGCAUCUGUUGAUUAUCUUUUCUUUUUUUCUUUUUUUUAAAUCUAGCGUGAAUUUUAAAAUUUCUGCUCUGAAGUUUAAAAGUAGCCUUCAUCUUGGAUUCUGAUUACAGGGUUCACAUCAUCAAAGUCAGUGAGAUGAUAGAGUGCACAUAGGAGCAACAAUGUCCUGUCCUGUUCUACAAAAUAAAUAUAAUGAUAUUUAAUGACUUCGAAAUGGAGUUCAAUCUAGAGGCCUUCCCUGUAAUCACUCAAGACAAUGAUAUUUGGACAGCUCUGCACAGUGUUUCCUGGGGCGGAGACCAGCACCAUAAACAGAACAGUAAACCAGUCUAAUGACAGAGAAAAAUGCUGUACACAUUGGAAAUGAAUUGUUAUGGGUCACUCUGAGAAGUACCUUUAUGACUAUAGGCUGUGGUUAUGUAUUCAGUAUCAUCAUGCUUGCUUUUAAAUUAUAUAAGAUCAUUUGCAUUAUCUUGAGAUUAAAAAAAUGUGCCUUACGUAUAAACCUGUUUGUAUCUCCUGACUUCAGUAAACGGUUGUGUGCUGGGCUGGGUAUGAAUGUUUUUGUGCACAACUGGGUGGAGUUAUGAUUUAAUCCUAAAUGGAAUCUUCAUAAAACAGCAUGAACUCUUUUAACAAUACUUUAAGUCUGAACAUAGUCACCAUCCGUUUAUAAUGUUUUGUGUAAAAUGUAAAAAGAUCAUUAUUCUUGGAAUGUAGUAUUUGCUCAAAGGCUUGUGUCAUAGCUCAGGCUGUAUAUUUGGUAAUCUGCGUGAUGCACAGCAGCCAUCAUGAGAUGUAGCACUGUAGCAAGCGUGGCCAGUUUUCAUCAAACUGUCAAAUUUAGUGAGUCUAAAUGUUGAAACGACCACCCCAGUUUGUCAAAGAAUUCUAAAAGGUUGUCAGUGGCUGAAGGGUGUUGGGAUCUUGGUGUAAUAUAUCGCAGAGGUGCACAACAAGGGCAGAUCACAUGCAUACUUCAGGUGUAACUUUUUAUAGUAUAUUUAUAUUUCUUAAUAUGCUUUGUACAUUACACAUGGUAUCAUUCGAACAACAUAUGGAGACAAUUUCAUUAACCAUGACUUUUUUGUCAUUUGUUUUAGAGAGUUUAGCUGUCUUUCAAUUAGAAUUUUAGGAUUGAAGGUGUGUCAUAAUGUACAUCCUGCAUGGAGAGGCUCAGGCCGCUGUCUCAGCAAAGUAUUUUUAAAAUAGUUUACAGUGACUGCUCUUGAUAUCUCUGACAUCUUAACUAACAGUCCUAUGUUAGUAUUAGAACAGAGUGGCAUUUUUUAAAUACAAACUGAACUUGUCUACUAAAACUGAACGUGUCUACUAAGUUUAAUAAAAUGGUUAAGAAAAUGCA